AGUGCGCUCUCUGCCUUCAGAGAUAAGACUCACUCACUCCUUCUAUUCACCCUCCAUUAUCGUCAUCAAUUCCUCUCUCUUUCUCUCUUUCAUCAUCAUCUUGUUCCUACUUCUGAGCAGCCCCACUUCUUCUUGGAUCAUUCCCUCUGAUUCCUUGUUGCUUCCAUAAUGGCUGCUCCUCUCAGAAUCUUCUUCACUUUCGUGCCUCUGUUUGUUGCUCUGGCUAUGGCGGAUUCUGUCAAAUCCACCUCCAAGGAUCAGAUCCAGUGCACAAUGUGCUCUUCUUGUCAGAACCCCUGUAAUCCGCCUGUUCCCUCUCCGCCGCCGCCGUCUCCUCCUCCUCCGGCUUCCUCAUCAUCCAGCAAUUGCCCUCCCCCUCCUUCUCCUCCUAGCUCCGGCGGUGGUGGCGGAGGUAGUGGUGGUGGAUCCUACUACUACUCUCCUCCCCCGCCUGCUCAGUACUCUUACUCGUCCCCGCCUCCGCCUGCGUAUGGCGGUGGAGGGGGAGGGGGAGGAAUGGGCGGCACUGGCUCGUAUUACCCUCCUCCGUACAACAAGAACUAUCCGACACCGCCACCACCCAACCCAAUUGUGCCUUACUUCCCUUUCUACUACUACAGCCCGCCUCCCCCGUCAACGGCGGCUCCAUCGCCGUCGAUCGCUUCAUCGGUUUCUGCAAUCGCUCUGUUUUCAUCUUCAUUACUGUUGCUUUGGUAGAAAGCAAGAGAAGAAACAAAAAGAAAUGGUGGGAAUAACUGCGCAGGAUCGCAGAUCUGAGAAUUUAGGGAAUGCGGGUGAAGAAGGAGCACAUGAGCAGCUUCAAUGGCGAAUUCCGGAACUCCCCAAUUUACCCUUUUAUCUGGCACAGAGGAAAGAACACAUUACAAGAAAAUUACCCAUUAAUUAUAAUUGUUUUUCCACCCUUUUUGUUCCUUUGUUCUGUUCUCUUAGUUUCUUCUGUAAUGUAGGAAGGACGAUGUCGAUCUCUUCAAUUUGUACCUAGCUUUAUGAUCUGAUUAGUAUUAUGAUCAAAUUUUAGGAAUAAAAUGCUCUUGUUUGGAUUAUUAA